AAAAGGCAUUAUAUAAAAACCAUGUCUAUCCGUUCUGCUGCAGGUUGAAGAGCCUCUGAACAACCGGAGGAACUCCUUGACAAUUUAAAAUUCGGUUGUUCUAAAAACUCCUCUGUAGCAGUGGCAAAUCUCUCAGCUAUCAAUAACUUUUGGGGGGCAGCAGAGUCGAGGAGGAGAUGUCUAACCCUCUGCGGCAAGUUUUCAACAAGGACCGCACGUUCCGCCCCAAGAAGAAAUUUGAACCCGGGACGCAGCGCUUCGAGCUGCACAAAAUGGCGCAGGCGUCUCUCAACGCCGGGCUGGACUUGAAGGUGGCUGUGCAGCUGCCGCCCGGCGAGGAGCUGAAUGACUGGGUGGCCGUCCACGUGGUGGACUUCUUCAACCGCAUCAACCUCAUCUAUGGGACCAUCGCCGACUCCUGCACGGACCAGAGCUGCCCCGUCAUGUCCGGGGGUCCGAAAUACGAGUACCGGUGGCAGGACGAGAAAUCCCGCAAGCCCACCGCCCUCUCUGCCCCGCAAUACAUGAACCUGCUGAUGGACUGGAUCGAAGUGCAGAUCAAUAAUGAGGACCUUUUCCCGACCAACGUUGGUACCCCGUUCCAGAAGAACUUCCUCAAGUCCGUCAAGAAGAUCCUCUCGCGGCUCUUCCGAGUCUUCGUCCACGUCUACAUCCACCACUUUGACCGCAUCGCCCAGAUGGGCUCUGAAGCCCAUGUCAACACCUGCUACAAGCACUUUUACUAUUUUGUGACCGAGUUUGGCCUCAUCGAUACCAAGGAGCUGGAGCCCCUGAAGGAAAUGACCUCAAGGAUUUGCCACUGACGCCCUGCGGGGAGCGAUUCCCCCUGCCGUCCUGCGCCCCGCAACAUACGAGCCUCUCCUGGGACUGCGGAACUCUCCUCCACUAGGGAGGGCGAGGGGAAUCUGGAGCACCUUCCUUCCCUCUUUAAAGAAAAUAAUAUAUUGUUUUAUAAAACAAAGCCAGAGAGAGAGAGAGAGAAAGUGAGAGAGUGUUAUCCUAUGACGACUACUAUAAACUGUUUUAUACAAUGAU